AAAAAAAAAAAAGAAAAAAAAAAAAAAAAAGAAAAGUCUUUUACAGUUCCCAUGCACCUAAUAACGUAAGAAAACCGCACCCAAAAAGUUUUACUCUUUAAGCCUAGCCUAACCCCCUUCCAGACCAAUUCUCCCAAUUUUCUCAUCAUUCAAAAGCCUCAAAAAAGUCUCACACCCCCACAAAAACAAAACACCCCUAUCGCCACUUGAAAAAAUUACACAGCAAUAAUAUCUCAAACCAAAAAUCAUGAAACGUUUCAAGGCUUCAAUGCUUGUAAAUCUCUUCUUGAUGAUGGCAAUCUUCUCAGCCCUUCAUCCGGUCAACGGAUCAGAUCAUUCAAGGAAGCUGCUUGAUGAUCAAGCCCAAGGGGGUGAUGAGAAGUGCACACCAUGCACUCAAAACCCCCCGCCGCCGCCCCCGCCGUCACCGUCUCCUCCGCCUCCAUCGCCACCACCGCCUCCAAAAAAGCCUCCGUCCCCACCGUCUCCGACGGGCGGCCAGUACUGUCCUCCGCCUCCGGCACCGUUCAUAUACAUAACCGGUCCGCCAGGGGAAUUGUACCCUGUUGACAAGGACUUCUAUUACAAUGGUGCUGCCAAGAGUGGUCCGAUCAGUCUUCCCAUUUUGGUUGCUUCUGGAUUGUUGGGCGUUUUUGCGUUUUGGUGAAUUUGCAAUAAAUGGUAAGGUUUUACUUUUUUUAGAUUUUUGAAGGGGCACAGAAUUUUUAUGGAUGUAAUGAUCAUAAGAUCAACAAUUUAGAAAGAAAAAAAAAAGAGAAAAAAAAAAAAUUUGUACCCGCCAAGGGGAUCAAUCGUUUUAGUACUACCGCUUAAUAUUGUUCUAGUCUACUGAAAUCUUUUUUUUUCCCCCUAAUUGCGACUUGUUAAUGAUCAAACUUUCGUCAGAAAUCGUGUUGAA